AGUUGCACAGUCAAGCUGUUACGCGUAUAAUCCCAACUCUCGUUGAGAAAUAGCUGGUAAAACUGUGUAAUACUCCCAUUAUCCACAAUGUUCACCAACAAUGCACCUGUAUUUGCCAUUUUUAUUUGUUUUGACUUGCGAACCGAUCUGCGAUGAUUGCCAAAUCGAUCGGAGGGGGUUCGAUCGACGAAGAAGCGCCGCUGACGCUUGAAAUUGUACAGCAGUGGACACCUGGUUGUUCCACCCGGUUCCUUCGUGCCGUCAGUUCGAUCCGGUCAGUGGGACAAUGAGCAUGAACCACCAACAACAGCAUGAAUCACCGUCUGUUUACUCAAUCGGUAGCAAAACUAAUUUGGUUACGAUCAAGUCACGAGACGCCUACUUUAAAAAAACGCGAAAGAAAACCCUAGUUUUUCUGACGAUUGGAGCAGUUUUAAUAGUGGGUUUGAUUGCUAGUGUUAUUACCCUUGGUAUUCUGUACUCAAGAGUGAAGGCUGCCCAGCCCAUAUGCGACACCGAAGAGUGUGUCAGAAUCGCUGCAAGUUUAAAAGAGUCUAUGGAUACGUCUAUAGAUCCGUGUGAAAAUUUUUACCAGUAUGCGUGUGGAAGGUGGUCGGCGAACCAUCCAACACCUGAUACCAGCAUGAUGUACUCGUGGUUCAGCGAAAAAACCGCCAAAGUCACGUGGAAGGUUCGGGAACUUUUGAGGAAAAAUUUGACUGACGUACCCUGGGCCGUUUCACAGGCUAAAACACUCUACGAAAGUUGUGUUAAUACUGCUUUCAUGGACUCCCUCGGGCUCACCCCGUUGCUGAACCUCCUCAAGGAGCUGGAUUUACCCCAGGUACCUGCGAUUCUCAGUAAGGAGGACGGGAAUUUCAUCGAAAAAAUCGGAAAGGUCAGGCGAGUCCUCGGGAAGGACGUGCUCAUAGGGUUCAGCGUCAUUCCUGAUCCCAAGAAUCGCAGUAGAAAUGUCAUCGUUCUGGAUUCACCCUCGUCACUGAGUCCUCUGCCUGGGGACAGAGAGGUUGAACGGAGAGUGAGAACUCUACGAACUAGAAUGGCCCGAUCAGCAGUACAUGAGGAAGACGAACAGCUAAUGACUCCAGCGGCGAUUGAGAAAUCGUAUAUUUCGGCAGUACUGAGGGAAGUAAUUAGUAAUGGCACCUCCUCGCCCUGCAAUUCGUCCAAAGUGAUUUCUUCGGCGGAAGAUGAUCGGAUUGCCAGAGCCGUAGACAGUAUAUACGAGCUAAGUGCCAUAUUCUAUUAUAUGAGUCGGGACGAUAAUAAUGACACUGCGUUUGAUGGAGACAUUAGCGAUAAGGACUACAUGUUCGUGGAUGAUCUUCAGAGACUGACUGAUGGUUACGUUAGGUAUGAAAAUUGUUCUGUGAGACCGCGGAAAAUUUGGCGGCCAUUUAUAGAGGAGAUAUGUCGCGGUGUUGUCGAUUUGGAUUUGGAUAAGAGGGACAAAGUCUUUGUUGCAAAUUUGAAAUACGUCAAAGAUCUGGCCCUUCUUUUAGCCACUACGGAUGAUGACAAACUUGAAAGUGCUGUGUGGUGGACUGUCGUAGACCUGGUUGCUCCUCAUUCCUCCAACAAUUUGCGGAAUAUUUGGUCUGAGUAUAUUGACAAGUUGAUAAGCAUCGAGAACUCGGAGCCGAGGUCUAUUCACUGUGCUGACGUUGUUAAUUACAUGAUGGGAAUGGCAGUUUCCUGGUUGUUUGUGGACCCGAAAUUCCCCACUGAGACAGCUCCCAAAGUCGAGGAGAUGCUGGAAGAUAUCCGAACGUCAUUUGCUUCCCUCGUCACUACAACAGCCUGGAUGGACAAGCGAACUAAGGUCUCCACUCUCGAAAAAUCUAAAAAAAUGGUUUACGUCAUCGGACACCCGGAUUGGUUGUUCGACGAGAAGGUCCUCAAUGAAUAUUACGCAGGGAUAGAAAUGAAGGAUGCUAAUUACUUCGACAAUAUGCUGUCAAUAGCGCGAGUGAUGAGCAAGUCAGAGAUAGGAGCCGUCAACGAAACGAAUGAUAUGAACGAAACAUAUUGGGCAGCGGAGCCUACAGAUGUGAAUGCUGUCUACACAGUCGUCGCGAACCACAUAACAAUACCCGCUGCAAUUCUACAGUUUCCGUUCUACGACUUGGGCCUGGAAGCUUUGAAUUAUGGAGCGAUCGGAACGAUUCUGGGCCACGAAUUAACCCACGGGUUCGACAAUAGUGGCCGACUCUAUGAUGGUGAUGGAAAUCUUCGUCAGUGGUGGAGCAAUGACACAAUCCUCGAGUAUAAGGACAAGGUGGAGUGCUUCAUACAGCACUACGGGGAUUACUACGAAGAGGAGGUGGAUGAGCACAUUGAUGGUCAACUGACCUUGGACGAGAAUAUUGCGGACAACGGUGGUCUUCGUGAAGCCGUUCUCGCAUACAAGAGAUGGAAGGCCAAACACGGUCAAGAGCCGAUGCUGCCGGGUUUCACUCAUCUCAGCCACGAGCAGCUGUUAUUUUUAGGCUUUGCUCACCUGUGGUGCGAAGCUCACACUCCCGAGUCCCUGAGAUGGAUGCUUCGUGAUUCACAUUCACCAGGACACGUGCGACUGAUAGCAGUAUUAACGAAUUCGAAGGAGUUCAGUGAGGCAUGGCAGUGCCCUGUGGGUACACCAAUGAAUCCCAGGAAGAAAUGCCGCAUUUGGUGAAGACUAUCAAUUUCCAAAGAUAUUGUGAUGAGAGUGAAAGUUGAAAAUAUGUUUUUAAUAAAAGAGUUUUAUUUACGUA